AUGCCUGCGCCGCUAAGUCCCCACGAGAAGUUGGACAUCCUCAAGCGAAACCUGAGACCUGAUUACAAGCAGGUUCUCGUCUUCAAGCCGGUGAACACAUUGUCCGAGUUGAUGCUCAUCGGAAAGACCAUAGAUGCUUCCAAAACCUCCAUUUACCAAAAAGUAUUUGGAGUUCCCAAGGAAGUAUCUACUAUUUCAAGUAAGCCUGCAUAUGAUGGUUAUAGACAAAGCCAGCAGCAACAACAACCUCGUGACAAUGGAAAGGUUCUCAGCCUUCGUUAUCAUCAGGGAGCCAAAACGUUUGGUGUUGCAUACCAUCGAGACAAGGAUACCAAACCGUUGGCAGGAUAUGCCGAUGCUGACUAUGGCGGCGAUGUGGACGAUAGGCACUCCAUUUCCGGAGGUAGUGUAACCUGGCUUGGCAACCUGGAGUGCAACCAAGCAAUUUGGUCGAACUUACUCCAACCGAAGAAGAGCUGA